GCAGAAGACGAUCGCGAAUUACAACCCUAUUUUCGUGGCGUGUUUCCUGCAGACCAAUUACCUCCCCUGUCUAAGAAACGAGUGAAUGCUUACAUUGUUAGGACGGGUCCAGCUAGUCAACCGGGUGAACAUUGGUUAGCGAUUUGGACGAAUCACACUACCUGUGAAGUCUUUGACAGUUAUGGGUUACCACUAUCUACCUACAAAAACCCUACCUUACAAGCUUGGUUGAACCAGUGGAAAGAAAUCAUUAGCAGUGAUCAGCCUUUACAAGCCAUGGAUAGUUUUACGUGCGGGCAUUAUGCCCUUUUCUUUUUAAAAGCAAAAGCCAGAUAUGUGUCUUUUCAAGAACUACAAAAGAGCUGUAAAAGCGCUGGGCUGCAGCAGCCGCAAAUUUUGGCUGCAGUGGAAAGCCCUUUGACAGCGAUAAACAGCGCUUUUGCAGCGGUGCCGAAAAUUCCCGAAUCACGAUCUGUGCUGCAAAGUGGCUGCAAAGUGGCUUCGAAAAGACAAAGAAUGUUUUACCGGUUAUAGACUAACACUCGUUAGUACAAAAAAAAGAAAUGCAGGCUCCAAUGAUACAAUAAUCGUGAUACGUGGUAGAGGAGUUGACAGGCCUUAGUAGCGGAGUAAAAACCACUAGAAAGUCAAAAUGCAACUUACACUUUAUUAGUAUCCACGCGUACACGCUACAAAAGCACUUGACAUUGAACAAAUCUGCAACAGUCUCGCUUUGUAAAUAUUUAGCAAUCACGGUCACUCAUCUAAAUGUAAGAACAUCCGUUAUUAUGCAGACAUUGGAAAUUAUCUUUUUUAACAAUAAAGAGAAUAACAGCGAUUGUUCUACAUAAAGUUUACACGGACAGCAGGCAGAUGAUAUUUUGACUCGUUGCAAUGGGCUAAGCUGGACAUUGCUCACCUUGACGUUUUGUCCAUGAUCCACGAUCUUCUACACUUUUUUCAUGAAAGAAAUCAACCCAAUUUUGCUUUGGUCGUCGUUAAAUUUAAAAUGGACUAAGGAACGAACAUUACCAUGAGUGUAUAAGAAUCUUGUAAGUGCGAACCCCCUGUGAGAUUCUUGUAGCGUGUUCUUUUUUACUUUCAUGUUUCGCCUCUUCAAAUUCACGUGCUUUGAGCUUGAUUCGCACACUGUGGCAAGGUGGCAGGUUUUCCCGGGCACCUUCACCUGGAUAAGGAAUGGCCAACAUGGCUAAUGCUUCUAAUUUAUCUGGAGGUCUGGACUUUCUUGGCUCUCUGUGAAGUGGUGGUAGAGGUCUUAAGGGUGAGAAUGCCAUCUUAGUAAGCAACUGAAGUAGAAACACAAUUUAUACCUGCACACAACUUUCACUAACACCGUUAAGUGAAAUUUCGUUGUAGCGUUCUUCCUAUACAUCUAGCACACCUUUACUCAUUCAUUGGUUUAUUUCGCUUUCCCUUGGGUCCUCCAUCUUUCUGAUUUGUUCGCCUUGUUCCAUGUGCUUCCAACACACCCUAAAGUUUAAAUACAGCACAUGUAGUCUAUUGUUUUACACCAUUUCGCAAUCUGACUGUAAGCAACUACUAUCUGUCACACCUUCAGCACGGAGAAACAUCGUGACGUGAUCGGCAAAACAUGGACGGAAUCAUUGUUAUAGAUAAUAAGAUGCAAAGGGAGAUUAUAUUUGUGGCUGAGUUUGAAAAUGAAAAGUUGUGGGACAGAUAAAAUGUCCUUGAAGGUGUGUAUGUGCCAUGACUAAAAACGUUUUAAAACGUUGUUCGGGGUUCGCGGGGUUUUAAACAAGCAACCUUAGAAUCUGUAUAGCUUAGACUUACCUGCGCGCUAUAGUACCUACACUACCGCGAACCCCUUGUAAAAAGAUUCACAAAAUUGGUUAGUGAAUUUUAUUCAGAAGUGGUGGCUUCUAAAGGAGCCGGUUUUUUUAUGGUUCGUUCGGGUAAUAAGGAAACGUGGUGACGAUAUUAAACUGAUCAGCAUCGCAAGGUGGAUAGGUAUAAAAAAUACCAAUGUGCUUGGUAAACUGUUCAGCUUCGAUCGAGUAUGCGAUGAUCCAAUCGACAUUAAACUUGUAAAGAUAAAACUCGCCAUGACGAUAGUUGAAUCCUUCUUUAACGAUUUCGUAAUCUGAGCUAUCCUGAAACGUGAGCUCUGUCAAAUGAAGUAACGCCUUGGUUCAAUUAAAAUCCCGGGUAAACUGGGACUUGGAAUGUGGAUACAUCUCGCAGUGGUGGUAUUUGUUAAUGUGAUUGGCACUCCAUAAGGUCUGGAUCGCGGACUCCGUUUCGGUGGGAACAGCGUAUAAAUCAGUUGCCCUUGGAUUUUUUAUUCGUGAUAAACUGCACGUUUUUUUAAUAUUCAUUAUAGCUUUUUUUCCCGCUUCAAGCAAACACACUUAUUUUCCUGCUUUUCCGACAACAUUUAUUUCAUGUUGUUUUUGCUAUUUCCCUACAACAUUUAUUUCAUGUUGUUUUCGCUAUUUCCCUACGACAAUUAUGUCAUGUUUUUUUUCCUCUUGUCCCUACACCAUUUAUUUCAUGUUGUUUUCGCUUUCUCCCAAGUCAAUAACUUUUCACAGUUAUUUUACAAUGCACUUUCUUUAUUUGCGAACUUAAAAUACAAACGGGACUUGUCAGUCAUCUAGUAUGACUGACCCCAAAUUAAAAAAAUACACGUGGAUAUAACAUCAAACAUUUUUGCUCCAUUUGAGCUGUUGUGGUCAUAUAUUUCCAGUAUCCUGCAUCUGUAAUGUCUUCAAUACGUAGCUUUGAACUGACAAUGCGAAUACAAUGUCCACACAAAUCAUCCUUUGUUGUUUUUGUCCACAGUGUAAAUUGACACCAUGAUCUUUCUUUCAUUUUUUCUAAGGUAGUUGUAGUUCCUCUGGAAACUCGUUAAUGUUUUGGAAUAAAACAUUUCUAUCGAGGAUAGCAUUAUAGGUCCGAAUAAACUGAUUGUUUGCCUCAAUGGGAUCAAAGUCUUCAUAGUUUUGGAAUUUUAUCCAAUCGGCGAUUACAAGAUUAAAAAUGCCAAAACGGCAAUCGCAAUGGCACUUCACAUAACGGUAGGCCCAAAGAGUGAAAGGGCAGCAACGGAGAGAUUUCAGUUCAAACAGCGAUUUUCUAUAAAAAAAAUAACAGAUCAAAGUCACUUUCAUUAAUUAUGCUGUUCAACCAAAAACCCCGCAGAUCUACAAUACAAUUGAACUAUAGAAGAACGUUCUUUCUGAAAAUUUAAUUGUUGACCUUUCCAUGUUAAUCUUGAGCCAUCCAUUGUUACCUGGAAUUUGUAUGCUUCAACAAUUUUUAAGGUCAUUCUAUAGAGGAAAAUUUUACAAGAAAUAAUUGAAAAUGUAGAGGCCAGUCGACAUCUCUUAACAUUGUAAUAUUCAUAAGGGUUUUUCUACGAACAAACAAAAAUAUACAUUCCAUCAACAGCUAGGAUGGAGUUCGUACCUCUUAGUGAUACAGUCCUCAAUUACUUAGCAGAAGACGAUCGCGAAUUACGACCCUAUUUUCGUGGCAUGUUUCCUGUAGACCAAUUACCUCCCGUGUCUAAGAAACGAGUGAAUGCUUACAUUGUUAACACGGAUCCAGCUAGUCAACCGGGUGAACAUGACCAUGACGAAUCACACUACCUGUGAAGUCUUUGACAGUUAUGGGUUACCACUAUCUACCUACAAAAACCCUACCUUACAAGCUUGGUUGAACCAGUGGAAAGAAAUCAUUAGCAGUGAUCAGCCUUUACAAGCCAUGGAUAGUUUUACGUGCGGGCAUUAUGCCCUUUUCUUUUUAAAAGCAAAAGCCAGAUAUGUGUCUUUUCAAGAUUUUUUAGCUCAGUGGCAUUCCAAUAAUUUAGUGUUAAAUGAUAGGCGAGUCACAGACCAACUGCAACGUCUCAUUAAAACAGAGCUGACAGAGUAUGAGCAAUCUAAUGUAAACCGUUCUUCUUUUUUCAUUAAUUAA